CGCUCCUCCUUCUUUCUCUGAGCACCACCGACACCAUCCAGAACCAACGGCAACGUCCCUUCCAUCUUACCCUCGUUAUUCCCCCUCUCUCGCCAGUUGCUCCCUCUCUCUUCACUUUAAGCUCAUUCCCGUGAUGUCUAAAGAAGAGCCGACCGAGAAAGAGUCUUUGCUAUGAUCCACAGAGGGUUGGCGCAUCGGACAGUGCUGGGAAGUUUCAGCCAAGGAGAGUGCAAUUUCGCCCGGCUACACUGUUGAACGUUCGUCGAGAGAAGCAAGCAAGCUGAGGACCUGCAUCAUAAGCAAAGUGGAUUGAAAAAAAAGAGAACAUUGUAUUCCAAUCACGUCUUCAUUUUCUCUCUCUCCUGCCAGAGCGGGAGGAGGGAGAGAGCGAGGGAGAGAGAGAGAGAAAGAAGGAGAGAGAGAGAGCUCAACGGGAAAAUAUCGUAGGAAGAGAGGCAGAGGAGAGAGAGAGAGAUUCAACAAUAUUUAAACUAGUGGCGUUUUAUUCCGGAUGCUGUUAAAUUGCAGUGCCAAAGUAAGCCCGUAACGGAAGACCGGGAUAUCUCACCUUCCCCGCCACAAGGGCACCUCACACCCAGGAGAUGUGAAGUCAGAUCCCCUUAAACUGAGCAGUGCUUUGAAGGGGCUUGCCAUAGCCGUGACUUCAUCAGGUCUCAGUGAGGAUGCUGUGGGUUACCUUGCUGAGCACCAUAGCCCUAGGAUGGACCACCCCGAUCCCACUGCUGGAGGACUCGGAGGAGAUCGACGAACCCUGCUUCGAGCCCUGCUACUGCGAAGUCAAAGAGGGCGUAUUUCACGUCCACUGCGACAGCAAAGGAUUUACGAACGUCAGUCAGAUCUCCCAGAUAUGGACACGGCCCUUCAAACUCAACCUACAGAGGAACUCCAUGAGGAAACUGUACUUCAACAGUUUUAUUCACCUCAACAAUGCCGUGUCCAUUAAUCUGGGGAAUAAUGCACUACAGGACAUCCACGCCGGAGCAUUUAACGGAUUGGGAAUUCUGAAACGGCUGUUCCUGCAUGAGAACAAACUAGAGGUUUUCCGGAAUGACACUUUCCUGGGUCUGGAAAGCUUGGAAUACCUGCAGGCAGACUAUAAUGUCAUCAAGAGGAUAGAGAGUGGAGCGUUCAGGCACCUCCACAAACUCAGAGUGCUCAUCCUAAAUGACAAUCUGAUACCAGUCCUGCCCUGCUACCUAUUCAGGUCGGUGUCACUAACACACCUAGACCUGAGGGGAAACCGGUUAAAGACUUUACCAUAUAAGGGCACUUUGGAAUAUGUGGGCCGGAGCCUGAUGGAGAUUCAGCUAGAGGAGAAUCCAUGGAUCUGUGAGUGUGAUAUAGUUCAGCUAAAAACAUGGUUGGAACGUGUUCCCUACACAGCACUGGUCGGGGAGAUCACCUGCGAGUACCCCUUCCACUUGCACGGGAAAGAUUUACGAGAGAUCAAACGCAGUGAACUCUGUCCGUUACUUUCAGACGUGGAAAUCGAGGUCAAACUGGGAAUCCCCCGGUCUCCAUUUAACAACGAGAACACGUGGCCAACGAAACCUUCCUCCAUGCUGUCGUCGUUCCACAACACGGCGUCAUCUGUGGAGUACAAAGAGAGACAUGUCAAACCCACCAAACGACCCAGGCCCACCAAAAACUCUCCAACCCCUCGUAGCCUCUACCCCGGCCUGAACCAUCCCCCAAUAGCUGGCUACCAGACCCGCCCCCCCAUCCCUAUUGUCUGCCCCUCUGGAUGUAUCUGCAACCUCCAUAUCAACGACCUGGGGCUAACGGUCAACUGUAAAGAGAAGGGCUUUCAUAAUAUCUCAGAGCUCCUGCCCAGGCCUCUCAAUGCCAAGAAACUUUACCUGAGCGGGAAUCUGAUACAGAAAAUCUACCGGUCUGAUUUCUGGAACUUUUCCAGCUUGGAUUUACUACACUUGGGGAAUAACCGGAUAUCGUAUGUCCAGGAAGGGGCAUUUAUCAACCUUCCCAACCUGAAGAGUUUAUAUCUGAAUGGGAACGACAUUGAGAGGCUGACUCCCGGUAUGUUCCGGGGCUUACAGACGUUGAGUUAUCUUUAUUUUGAGUAUAACGUUAUUCGUGAGAUCCAGCCGGCAUCCUUCUCUCUCAUGCCCAGCCUUCAGCUUGUUUUCCUCAACGAUAACCUCCUCCGCACCCUCCCGACCGACGCCUUCGCAGGCACCAGCCUGGCGCGACUCAACCUCCGCAAUAACUACUUCCUGUCCCUGCCCGUGCGUGGCGUUCUAGAACACCUGCAUUCCAUCGUCCAGGUGGACCUUCAUCAGAACCCCUGGGACUGCUCCUGUGACAUCAUCCCCCUCAAAACCUGGAUGGAGAAGCUGUCCUCUGUAAUCAUGGUUAGUGAUGUCAUCUGUAAGACUCCUGAUUUUGCCUUUGGGAAGGAUCUGAGGUCGCUGGAUGCUGAGAUCAUCUGUCCAGAGAUGAAAUACUCAUCCGGACCCUCCCCAGCUCUCCUCCCUUCUGAUGACAUGACCACCGGUAGCUCUGGUCUGGGGGAGGCUGGGGGGAGGGGGCCGGUGCCUCUAUCAGUCCUCAUCCUCAGUCUUCUCAUUCUGUUCAUCUCAGCGGUUUUCGUGGCCGCGGGCCUCUUCGCCUUCGUCCUGCAAAGACGGAAGAAGCUGCCCUUCCGGAAACGCUCUGAGGUGGAUCUGACGGGAAUCCAGAUGCAGUGCAGGAUAUUCGAGGAUCCGCCGAGACAGACCAGCAGUGGAAGCAUAGGUUCACCAGAAAAGCCACCCAGCGGACACACACAUACACAUACACACACUCACGGUCACGUUGGCCACACACACAGUCACGGUCACGUCUAUGAUUACAUUCCUCACCCUGUGACGCAGAUGUGCAACAACCCCAUUUACAAGCCCCGGGAGGGGGAGAUAGGGGAGCAGUUUGCAGAAACAAAAGAGAACAACAGUAAUUACCGAACCCUCUUAGAGAAGGAGAGAGAAUGGACCCUAGCCAUGUCUAACUCACAGCUCAACACUAUCGUCACGGUAAACCACAAUACAGGGGAUAAAUCAGGAUUUCACGAGAACGGCGGACUGUGUCCCACCGUGAUUGACAGCCAGAGACCCACGCCGACUGUUGGCUUCGUAGACUGUCUGUAUGGAACGGUCCCGAAACUAAAGGAUAUGCACGUCGCACACGCACACCCACCCGGUAUGCAAUACCCGGACUUACAACAGGACGCACGUCUCAAGGAGACGUUGCUGUUCACAGCGGGUAAAGGCUGCUUCCCUGACCCAUCCCAAAGCGAUUACCUUGAGUUAAGAGCCAAACUCCAAACCAAGCCGGAUUACCUCGAAGUACUGGAGAAAUCAUAUCGGUUCUAACACACGGAGAAUAGCAUAAGCUACAUACAAACACACACUCUCACUUUUCCAUACCCCAAACGGAACAAAAUCACGGACAAAAACGAAACAAAAAAGCAGCAUGAUAAUACAAUUAAAAGGUAUAUUACUAAACGUUUUCCCACCAAAAUCGCUUUGGAGGAAAGGCCAUUCUCAGAUAUUCAAUGAAGUGCCUUUUUUCAGAGUAGCCAGCAAUGUUAUCAACCCUUAUUUUUAUAUGGAACAGAUUGGUCUAUAUACCAAGGAGAGUGAGAGACCAAGAAAGAGAGGCACCGGGAGAAUCACAACAUCCGAAAAUAUACCCCAUCAAAUCGAGCCCUUCAUACGCUCUCAAAUGGUGGAGUGGAGUAACCCCGUGCGCGAGAGGAGCUGGAGCAGGAUUUCUCCGUGUCCGUUGGGCUCAUGUUUCUGUCUCUCUGUCUUUUACGUGGACAUAUCAACGCCCGGGUUCCGUGCACAUGAAGUUUGUAGGAAAAAUAAAUCAAUAAAAAAUAGAAUAAAUUGCAGUUUGCUGCAUGCACUCGCUCCAUUGCAGUGGUGGGGGAUUUGCUCAGAACUAUCAGUCACGUGUUAAUAGAGAUACUGUAACACAUUACGGUUCAGUGUUCUAUAUCAUUUUAUAUAUUAGUAUCAUUAUUAUUAUUAUUAUUAAUAAAGAGGACUACUAUCUAUAUCUGGGUGCAAUUCUCAAGGACGUACUCACCCGAGGAUGAAAAUAACAUUUGUGAAUAUAUUAUAUGAUGACGCUCAAGGUUUUCUGGAAAUUCACGCACUUUCUUAUGAACAAUGCUUCGGAUUAUCUAUCUCAUCGACACUACCGGCUUUGUAGGAGGCACUUUUAAUGUUUUCUCUCUCACAAAGAUCUGAAGAAAUUAUCUGCAUAUAUUUAUUCUGUAAUUUCAGUGAACAUUUUAUUGUAAAGGUAAUGUUAAAUCAAUGUAUAGUGAAUAUGCGUCUGGUAUAGCCUUCUUAAUAAAAACUCUUAAAUUAAAUGAAAAGGGUGCUACCACGGAACGUUUGUGAACAACGUAGAGGUAAUGUGUUUGGUAUAGCGCUCUACUGUGCUGUGUCUGUCUGUGCAUUGCAGAAUGAUACAUUGACAUUUCUAGUGGCUUGAUUACAUUUUUAGUUGUGCUGCUGUUGGCAAGGAUAUGUGAAUUCGCUGCUACUCCGCAAUGGUAGCGUACUUAAGGUAGGCUAGAGUCGGGAAGGCGUGCAACUAUGAGAGUAGCUGGUGAUACAAAUGAGAGAAAGAGAGGGGUACAUCUUUGGAAGAUGCAGAAUUGAAAAUGGCCCAAUGAAUGAAUCAAGUUUUGUCCGAUGGGUAAUAUAAAUACACCAUUGUGUUCCCAUUUCCUUGCUACAGUUUUCAUAUGAAAGUUCAACGAAUUAUCUUGAAAAGGCCGCGAGUCUAAACGAGAGACGUACUCUCACUUGAUGCUCAUUCGCUGCAGAAUGACAUUACAUAUUUUGUCCACACGAGGGCGACAGCGGGACACUCAGAUUGCCAGUUUAAUAACUAUACUGCUGGUUUGUUAGAAAACUAUUGCCAGACUGUUCUCCUAUCAUUAGACUGCAAUACAUUUAAUCCACUACCAAAUGAAACACUAGGCCUGUACAUUAUUUAAUAUGGUCUGUUAUAUUUGGUCAAAUUCAAAUACAAUAAUCAUUAAGAGAACAUUACGUUUGCUUUGUAUUAUUAAUGAGAUCAGUAGAAUCUGAAGAGUUUAUAUUCAUCCCGUGCAGGUAAUAUAAUGGUUAUUGUUAUAUAAAGGAUGUUCUAUAUCGAUCAUGUAUUUUUGAAUGGCCUUAAAGAGGGAGAACACACGUGACAGGGAAAUGGGUUUCAAGCAAUGUCAUUCAACUCAAACCAAUUGACCAUUUGACGUUCCAUAUCAUGUAAAGGCCCAGUGCAGUCAAAAACGGAUUUCAAUGUGUUUUAUACAUAUAUUUCCACUCUAUGAGGUUGGAAUAAUACUGUAUAAUUGUGAAUAUUAUAAUAAUGCCCUUUUAGUGUAAGAGCUGUUGUAAAAGAC